AUGAUGGAACUUGAAGAACAACAUUUAAUUCGUGCACUCAAAUAUCUAACACAAACUAAUAGUUGUGAAUUGUCACAAAAGGAAUGUAAAAUUAUUUUAAAUGAAAUUCUUUCUCAAAAUUUAAAUGAUGAAAACAUAAGAGACUUGAUAAUAAAUAUAAAAUCAGGUAUACAAGGAAAUAAACAUAAUUAUGUGGAAAAUUUCAUUUUAAGUCCUUCCAUGUUAUAUUUACUUAUAAAUAAACAAUUAAAAAAGUAUGAUUUAGAAACAAUUUUUAAGGAUUUCUUUAAUUGUAUACAAAAUAAUAAUGAAAUAAAUUCAGACGAUUUAAAAACGUUCUUAAAUCUGUGUAAUAAAAAUAUGUCACGUAAUUCGUCAAUAGAUUUUACUAAAAUUAAUUUAAAUAUGAUCAAAUUAAAAGAGCCCAUGAAUUAUAAUAUUUUUAUAAAUAUGAUGGAACAAUAUCUAAAAAAAAAAGACGACAAUGUUUAA